AUGAUAAUACAAUUAUUUUUAUUGGUAUCUUGCAGUUUGGAAGGUUUUAUUGUGCAGUUGGAAUUUCUUGAAAGGAGUGGUGUAAUCGGGGUUGGAGGAAGGUUAUUGUUGCACCUUCCCCUAGUAUGUAGGUUUUUCCUUUUGGGUCCAUCAGUGUCUUUUCGACACCAUUUUCCCUGUGGCUUUCAUUGUUGGUGUGCCAUUCAAGAAUGUAUCCGCGCCAGCCCAAGAACAGUGCUGACACGGGCGUCCAACGCUUAUGUGCCGACCUACAAUGCCAGUCAUGCUGACGUGCCAAGGGAGAGCUGUGCAUGGGGAUGA